AUGAAGAUACAUAAAUCAGUAUGCUAUGACAUUGUAUCACUAUGCUAUGACAUUGUAUCAUCUGUUAUAGAACAUUCGGAAGUACCACAACGUAUGGGAGUGAUUAAUAAUUUAAACAAAUUUGAUGCGGACUUUUUCAAUAUGUGUGAUAUNCAAGCUAAUGCAACUGAUCCAUCACUUAGAAGAUUAUUGGAGCAUAUUUAUGAAGCAAUUAUUGACGCAGGGAUUAAUCCAAUGCAACUACGAGGAAAAAAUAUUGCUACAAUCGUAGGACUAUCUAUUUUUGAGUCGCAAGAGAUGCUUAUGUAUCGAGACCUGCAGAUUGGUGGUAUGAAUAUUGUUGGCUCUUNUAGAGUUGCAAUGGCAAAUUUAGUUUCCUAUAUGCUGGAUCUGAAAGGACCAUCUCAAAUAGUUGAUAGCGCUUGUAGCUCUAGUCUUCAUGCUAUAGCAAUUGCUUAUUACUACAUCAUAUCUGGUAAAUGUGAAGAAGCUAUUGUUGCUUCUGGAAAUUUGUGUCUACAUCCGACAACGACUAUGCAAUUUUUUCGUCUUGGUGUUUUGUCAUCAACAGGUUAUUGCAGACCGUUUGAUGUAAACGCAAAUGGUUAUACUCGUAGUGAGACUGUAUCGGUAUUAUAUCUUCAAAAGGCAAAAAACGCGAAAAGAAUUCAUGCUUUAUGCAAACAUGUUAAACUGAACAGCGAUGGAUUCAAAGAAGAAGGAAUAACAUACCCAUCGGAACGUAUGCAAACACAAUUAUUAACUGAGUUUUAUCAAGAGUGCGAGAUAUCGCCAACUAAUGUGGAAUACGUUGAAGCACAUGGUACUGGCACGAAAGUUGGUGAUCCGCCAGAAAUUAAUGCUCUCUUUAAUGUUUUCUGUAAAGAAAGAAAGACUCCGUUGUUAAUUGGAUCUAUAAAAUCCAGUCUUGGUCAUGCUGAACCAGCCAGCGGUAUGAAUCAAAUCGCCAAGGCGAUAAUCGCAAUGGAAACUGGCUUUAUUCCGCCAAUGAUCCACUUUACAUCACCACGACAGGACAUAGAAUCUUUCAGAAAUGGAACUAUACGUGUUGUCACGGAAUCAACGCGUCUUACAAACGGUUACAUAGCCAUAAACUCGUUCGGAUUUGGAGGAGCCAAUAGUCACUUACUAUUAAAGUGGAACCCUAAAAGAAAGAUCAAUAAUAGUACACCAAAUGAUGAUUUGCCGAGACUUGUCACUAUAUCUGGAAGGACUGAAGAAUCAGUGCAUUCGUUUUUGGAAGACAUCGCAAACUAUCCGUUAGACGUGGAGUAUAUUCGAUUACUGCAUGACGUUUAUGCUUNUAAUAUAGACAAUAAUUUAUGGAGAGGAUAUAUUGUACUCAAUAAAAUGCAACAAUGUUUGAUAAAAGAAAUUCAGACUUAUACAAAUGUUAAAAGACCUAUUUGGUUUAUAUUUUCUGGAGUGGGUUCACAAUGGUUUAAUCUAGGUCAGCAUUUACUAAAAUUUUCUAUCUUUGCACAUAGUAUGGAAAUAUGCGAUAAUGUUUUAAAACCAUAUAAUAUAAGCGUAACUUCCAUCAUGACAAUAAUAGACGAAAAGAUAGACAAAAGCCCUUUGAACACAUUGAUUUNUAUCGUUGCAAUACAGAUCGGAUUAGUAGAUCUUNUAACGGCUUUGGGACUUAUUCCGGAUAACAUGAUUGGAUAUUCUAUUGGAGAACUUGGAUGCGCUUACGCAGAUAAGUGCCUCACUAUUGAACAAACUAUUCUAUCAGCGUACUUGAUUGCUUCGGCAUGUGUCGAAAACAUUGUGCCUUGCGGAUCCAUGGCCACUGUUAAUCUCGAUUACGAAACUCUCAAAAAUAUAUGUCCAGCAGAUAUUGAAAUUGUAUGCCGCAACAGUCGNAAAAGCAAUGUUAUAAGUGGACCCACAGAAUGUAUGCACGUGUUUAUGAAAAAAUUACAA